GUUUUAUUGCAGGAGACACCAACAAAUGGAACACAAAUUAACUUAAGCCUACACGAGGCUGGUGACACCUGAAAGAGGGGAAAGUGGAGAAGCUGUGCUCUGUGCUUUCUGUCUGACCUGUUGGGAGUACAUUUUGGAGCAUGUUUGCUACUUAGCAGGGAACUGAAAUUCAGGCGCAAGAGGUUGUAAACAUAAAGAGUGAAUAUGGGUGAAAAGAAGCCAGAACCUUUGGACUUUGUAAAAGAUUUUCAGGAAUAUCUUACACAGCAGACUCACCAUGUAAAUAUGAUUUCUGGAUCAGUUAGUGGAGACAAGGAAGCAGAGACUCUUCAGGGAGCUGGGACAGAAGGUGAUCAGAAUGGUCUGGAUCAUCCUUCUGUUGAAGUUUCACUGGAUGAAAACUCAGGAAUGUUAGUGGAUGGCUUUGAAAGGACAUUUGAUGGAAAGUUAAAGUGUCGAUACUGCAACUAUGCCAGUAAAGGAACAGCACGGCUCAUAGAGCAUAUCAGAAUUCAUACAGGUGAGAAGCCACACAGAUGCCAUUUGUGUCCCUUUGCAUCAGCUUAUGAACGUCAUCUGGAAGCUCACAUGCGAUCGCAUACUGGUGAAAAACCAUACAAAUGUGAAUUGUGUUCCUUUCGCUGCAGUGACAGAAGCAACUUAUCUCACCACCGCAGGCGCAAACAUAAAAUGGUGCCUAUCAAGGGUACAAGGUCUUCCCUAAGCAGCAAGAAAAUGUGGGGGGUUUUGCAGAAGAAGACCAGCAAUUUGGGGUACAGCAGAAGAGCAUUAAUUAAUUUGAGUCCACCUUCCAUGGUGGUUCAGAAACCAGACUACCUUAAUGAUUUCACUCAUGAAAUCCCAAAUAUCCAGACUGAAGCGUAUGAGACCAUGACAAAAACAACCCAGAGCAGUGGGUUGCCAAGAGAUCCACAAGACCUCAUGGUAGAUAAUCCUUUAAACCAGCUCUCUACGUUAGCUGGACAGUUAUCUAGCUUGCCACCCGAAAACCAAAAUCCAGCCUCUCCUGACGUUGUUUCCUGUCAAGAUGAAAAGCCUUUCAUGAUACAGCAGCCUGCUGCACCUGCAGUAGUUUCAGCUGUGUCAGCAAAUAUUCCUCAGAGUUCAUCUCCAACCAGCCCAGAUCCUCGGCCUACACACAAUCAAAGGAACUAUAGUCCCGUAGCAGGUCCCAGCAGUGAUCGCAGUGCCCACACCAGUACUCCCAGCAUAAGCAACAGUCAACCAAGUACUCCAGCUCCAACCCUUCCGGUUCAGGACCCUCAGCUUCUGCAUCACUGCCAACACUGUGACAUGUACUUUGCGGACAAUAUCCUUUAUACUAUUCACAUGGGAUGUCAUGGAUUUGAAAAUCCUUUUCAGUGCAACAUAUGUGGGUGUAAGUGUAAAAAUAAGUAUGACUUUGCUUGCCAUUUUGCAAGAGGCCAACAUAGUCAACAUUGACUGAGAACAUGCUUUCAUUUAGUUUUUUAACAUAUUACAGUAUAUUUUUCAUACUUGCUGAAGGAAAGCUUGCACAUUCCCUUAAGGAAUCUUCACGUUAAUCAAUUCGACAAAGGAGGCAAAUUUAUUUCUUUGCUGUCUUAAAACUUGCCAGGGAAAUUUUGUAUAAGAUGUGGUUGAUAUUUUAUAUGUAGCCUUUCAAAAAAGCUGAGAGAGUGCUAUAAGAAUUGGAAUGCGUUUACAUGUUUUGGUUGCUAAAUUUAAGUUGCUUGCACUUAAUCCCAAUAAACAGUCUACAAAUG